AUGACACUCCUCCUGGAGCAACAAGUAUUUAUCUCUGUUGUCUGCUAUCAGAGGAUCCAGGGCCAAAUGGUUUUGGAGGAGCACUGGUACCUGGGAGCAGGAAGUAAUUUGUCGCCAAAGUACAGAUUUGAAAGAUGCCAAAAAGUGAAAGGAAUAAGCAAACCAUUUUGUGACGAUGUUGAGUACGAUUAUGGAUACUGCAUUAAAUGGAGAAACCAGUGCUGCAUAUAA